UGCCAAGGAACAAGUUUUCACUUAAAAACAAUGUCAAUGUUCUAAAAAUAGGACCGCAAUGCGUACUUGGGUCUUAUGCUUAGUUUUACUCCUUUCGCUUGGAAUGCUGUUUUCAAAUGUCAGUACCUGGGAGUUGAAUUGCUACAAGUGAGAUGGUUGACAUAACAAGUAGUUACAAUUUUAAGUGGGAAAAGUAUGGCAGAAUACUGUUUAUUUACUUACUUUAUCCUCUAAUAAUAAUGAUCUAUUUAGCUCUUAGUCCUAAUAGGACAUAACACAACAACAAUCUCUCAGUUUAGCCCUAUUUUGUGGAAUGUCCCAUGUGAGUGAGUGAACUCAGCACUGUUUACACAUGUCAAGUGAAGUUGUACAUGUAGUGUCAAAAGGUUUUGCUGCUGUAAUGACUAAGCCUGUUUAAAUACAUAAUAACAUUAAAAACUGAGUACCGCAGGGUUGUCAUUUGUUUUUUGAGUAGGGGGUUCCAUCCGAAAUGUAGGCAGAUAAGGUUUGCGUGAAAAACAUGCCGCAAAGCGGCUGGAAAAAUUAAGCGGUCCUUCACCUACCGUGUAGCUAGGCUCUGGAAUAAUAUAAGAUCUUCAGACUCUGUCAUCGUUUUUAGGAAAAUAAUUGUUUACCUACUUUUUUCUGAUAAAUCUAUUAAUUUGUAAAAAGUAAAUCCAACCCAUUGUAUGUCACUAAGUUUUUAAUGCAUAUUUAUUACCUAAGGCCCAGUUCAGACGCCAAACUUUUCAUGAGCCGAACUUUAUUCGAAUUUAGGCUGACCCAAAUUAACAAAAGUACGCCUGUUGAUUCAGACGUCGAACUUAAUUCAGUUUGAACCAAAACAAAUUGAAAUGUCAGCGGUUUUCAGGCCAGUGUAAACAUGGCAGACGACGCUAGAAGACGCGGCAAUCGCCCCAUAUCGAAGGAGUUUCUCUUACGAACAAUGAUGGAGAGAGCGAAAAUUAGGAGGAAAAGGAUGCAGACCCUAUUUCAUUACAUGGUGACAAGAAGACGACAGCUGGUAAAUGUCUGUUUAGUCACUGUGCUCUUGUUAUUGUCUCAAGAAAAUGUUUCAUCUGAAUAUAGUCGUUCCUGCCGUCGCUUUGGGAGAAACAUGGGAUGGUUUAACUGCGUUUGGAAUACUUAUUCUGAAGAACGUUUCAAGAAAACAUUUCGAAUUUCACGUGGAACUUUUCAUUUUAUCCUAAAUCGGAUCAGGCAUGUCCUUCAAAGAGUAACAGUGACCGAAGAACUGAUAUCACCAGAAUGUUGGUUAGCUAUUUGCCUUUAUUGUCUGGCAAGGGGUGAUUAUUAUUACACAAUCGCAGAGAUGACUGGACUAGGGGUUUCUACAGUGUGUACAAUUGUCAACGAGGUGACAAAGGCAAUAGUGGAGAACUUGUGGGAAGAGUGUGUGACCAAACAUAUGCCCAAGUCAGAGGAAGAGUUUAAGAAGAAAAUGUUGGACAUGGAGGAACUUUGGCAGUUUCCAUGUUGUUGGUCCGCAUUAGAUGGCUGUCACAUCCCCAUCAAGUGCCCACCAGGAGGUCUUCAAUCAUGUAAAGAGUACUAUAAUUUUAAGAACUUUUAUUCAAUUGUUAUGAUGGGGAUGGUUGACUCGAACUAUAGGUUCAUGUGGGGAACUUGUGGGUUUCUAGGAAACUCACAUGAUGCUAUUAUUCUCCAGUCAACUCAACUUUGGGCUGACAUAAAAGAACAUGAGCUGAUUCCUAACAUUGGGAAGAAAAUUGGCGAAGUGCUUGUGCCACCACUAGUGCUUGGAGACUCGGCAUUUCCAUUUAAAACGUGGCUCAUGAAACCCUAUAGCAACGCUGUCCUAACCCCAAAACAGAGGUAUUACAAUUAUCGGUUGAGUAGAGCAAGGAUGGUGACCGAAGGUUGUUACGGUCAAUUGAAAGGAAGAUGGUGAGUCCUUCUAAGGAAAUGUGAA